ACGAGAACCUAAUACGAAGGUCGUUGAUUCUGCAAACUGUGACAAUUGACAUGGAGGCCCUUCUCUCUUUUUUGGACGGCUUAGACCCAGAAGUGUGAUAAUAAGUGGCUUUUCUCGGGGUUGCAAGUUGAAAAAAAAGGGUUUAUGGCGGAUAACAAGUCUACCCCUGACCACUACGGCGUAUUGUUGUACUACAAGUACACUCUUAUUCCAGACGUAAACGAGCUCUUCAAUCUCUAUAACACCAAUUGCAACUCUCUCUCGCUCCUCGGUCGUGUUCGUCUCUCUCCUAAUGGCGUCAAUGUCACUAUUGGUGGAAAACUUGCAUCUUUGGAGAAACACAUAGCUACAAUGAAGUCUAAUCCUUUAUUUGAAGGGACGGAUUUCAAGCUGGCUACUUGCCAUCAGCCUUCAAUGGACAAAGUUGCAGAGGAGUGUGGGUUCACUUCUCUCUCCAUCCGAAUUGUCAAGGAGUUGGUAACAUUCGGUUCUCAUCCUCUGUCCAAACCACCAGAAAUUUCAAAUGUUGGUCAGCAUCUUUCUGCAGCUGAGUUCCAUUCUAUGCUACAGAAUGGAGGGAAUCUUGUAGAAGAAAAUAAUCCACAAAAACUUAUUCUGCUGGAUGCUAGGAAUUUAUAUGAGACGAGAAUUGGGAAGUUUUACACUCCAACUGUAGAAACUUUGGAUCCAGCAAUCCGGCAAUAUAGUGAUCUUCCUUCCUGGAUUGAUAAUAACUCAGAGAAGUUGAAAGGAAAAUGUGUCCUAAUGUAUUGUACUGGUGGAAUUAGGUGCGAAAUGGCCUCAGCCUAUGUUCGGUCAAAAGGUCCAGGAUUUGAGAAUGUCUUCCAGUUAUAUGGCGGAAUUCAGCGUUACCUAGAGCAAUAUCCUGAUGGUGGCUUUUUUAAAGGAAAAAAUUUUGUUUUUGACCACAGGGUUUCUGUUGGCAGUUUAGAUACAAAUAUCUUGGGUUCCUGCCUCCUCUGUAAAACAGCAUAUGAUGAUUAUUCUUCUCGCAGUCGAUGCAGUUACUGCAGAAUGCUUGUGUUAGUUUGUGACAACUGUCGGGAAAGAGUUUAUGAAUAUGUUUGUGAACUGUGUCAUGAUAAUGGCAAGCGUGUUCCAUUGCUUCUAUCAGUUGAAAAUGAAGAGUUACAUGAAACAACAAUAUCCCCUGAUCUAGAAGUUUGUGUUACAAUGAAUGCCAGUCAGAAAAAUGGUGCAACAUCAAGAAAACUGAGAAUUUUGUGCUUACAUGGGUUCCGGCAGAAUGCUUCUGGUUUCAAAGGAAGAUUGGCAUCACUAGCCAAGAAACUCAAAAACAUCGCCGAGCUUGUUUUUAUCAAUGGGCCUCAUGAGCUGCCAUUCAUCUACCAGCCCAGAGAUGAAAAUCUUAAUCAUAUAUCAGUCUGUGCAGAGCAAAGUUCACAGCCACCAAAAAGUUGCAGUAAGAAGUUUGCAUGGUUGGUUGAUCCUAAUAUCAGUUGGAAAGGCGAUGCUGACUGGAAAGUAGCAGAUGGUCCAUUUGAUUCUUUGCAGUACCAGCAGCAAACUCAAGGGUUCGAUGAAUCACUUGGAUACUUGAAGAAAGUGUAUUUACAGGAAGGGCCGUUUGAUGGGAUCUUGGGAUUUUCACAAGGAGCAGCCAUGGCUGCUUCAGUUUGUGGACUACAACAAAAGCUAAAGGGAGAAAUUGAAUUUAGAUUUGUGAUAUUGUGUUCUGGAUUUGCUGUUAAUAUGGGGUAUGAGAAAGGAUCAAUAAAUUGCCCUUCACUCCAUGUUUUUGGCAAUGAAAAGGGUGACGACAGGCAGAUUACCAGUCAAACGAGCAGAGACUUGGAAUCCUUAUUUGAAGAAGGUUCUCGGGUGACUAUUGAACAUGAAUUUGGACACAUAAUACCUACUCGGUCUCCAUACAUUGAUCAGAUAAAAAGUUUUCUCCAUCGUUUUCUUUAGUUUGGUGUUCUCGAGUAUUGACAGAAUUAGAAGUACAAUGACACCAAAAGCCUUGAGGUUCUCAAGGUGUUGCAACCUGAUCAGAGGCUCAUGCACAUGUUAACCCUGUUUACCUUGCAACUAAGACGUUGAUUUCUUUUCACCUCUCAAUCCAGAUUUUCUCCGAUUUUAUUUAA